AUGAAGACUGCCUUAAUUUUGCUGAGCCUUUUGGGAGUGGCCUGUGCUUUCUCAAUGAAACAUUUACAUCGAAGAGCCAAAUUAGAGGAUUCUGAAGAAAAUAGGGUCUUUAAGUUCAGGCCACAGUAUUAUCUUUACAAGCAUGCCUACUUUUAUCCUCCUCUAAAACGAUUUCCAGUUCUGAGCAAUAGUGACUCAUCUGAAGAAAACGGAGAUGGCAAUAGUUCAGAUGAGGAGGAAGAAGCGGAGUCUUCAAAUGAAGAAGAAAACAAUGAAGAGAAUGAAGAGUCUAAUGAAAAUGAAGAUGAAGAAUCUGAGGCUGAGAACACUACGCCUUCUACUGCAACACCUGGCUAUGGAGACGAGACCACACCCGGAACGGGGAGCAUAGGGUUAGCCGCAAUCCAACUUCCUGAGAAGGCUGGUCAUAUAGGAAAAAAAGUUACCAAAAAGGAGGAAAGUGAUGAAGAGGAAGAAGAGGAAGAGAAUGAAAAUGAAGAAAAUGAAGCUGAAGUGGAUGAAAAUGAGCAAGGCAUAAACGGUACCAGCACCAACAGCACAGAUGCAGAGAAUGGCAAUGGUAGCAGUGGAGGAGACAAUGGAGAAGAAGAAGGUGGAGAAGAAAGUGUCACCGAAGCCAAUGCAGAAACAGCCACAAUGACUGGAGAACAGGACAAUGGCGGCGUGGAGACAACAACUUCUCCAAAUGAUGGGUUUGAGCCCACAACCCCACCACAGGAGAUCUAUGGGACCACAGCCUCACCAUUUGGAGAGAUCACCACCACUGGAUAUGAGGGCGAGUAUGAACAGACAGGCACCAAUGAAUACGAUAAUGGAUAUGAAAUCUAUGAAAAUGAGAAUGGGGAACCUCGUGGCGACAAUUACCGAGCUUAUGAGGAUGAGUACAGCUACUAUAAAGGGCAGAGCUAUGAUGGCUAUGGUCAGGAUUAUUACUACAACCAGUGAAGCUCAAGCCUGGGCUGAAUUCAUCCAUUUUAGUGUUGUGUG